UGAGCAAGCAUGUUUCAAUAUUUUUUCCAUACGAGUUCAGAAGGAAACCCCCCAAAACGCCAUGAAUUCUCACAUUGCCGUAACAUUAUUAUCUGUUCUUGCAUGCAUUUUCCUGAGUGUAGACUCAGCAUUUACUCCAAGCAAUGUCACAGACAAGGAGGCCUUGAUAUCAUUCCAAUCAACGGCCAAUCUCCCUCCAUUUUUCUGGAACCAAAGCUCAUCCCCCUGCACCAACUGGACCGGAGUUGCUUGCAACAGAAUCGGUGGGACUCAAAGGGUUGUUUCUCUCGAUCUUUCCGGCUUCAGACUCACUGGCUCCAUAAGCCACCAUGUUGGGAGCUUGACAGAGCUUCAAGUCUUGAACUUGGCGCGCAACAAUCUCAGCGGUCCAAUCCCGCCAUCCAUAAGCAACCUGUCUUCCACCCUCACAAGUUUGAAUCUUGGCACGAACAGCCUCACCGGUAUAAUCCCAAUGGAAUUAGGUUUUCUUCGUAAGCUCAAAGAACUUGAUCUUGCCGGCAACCAACUCACCGGCACUGUUGCCUUGUCCAUAUACAACAUCUCUUCGCUAGUUCGCUUCACCGUUGCUUCAAACCAACUCUGGGGUGAAAUUCCAAGCAACAUUGGCGUCACGCUGCCAAACCUUCUCUACUUCAGAAAUUGUUUCAAUCUGUUUACAGGGAAAAUUCCAGCGUCCUUGCACAACAUUACAAGGAUUCGAGAGCUCCGACUGUCCAACAAUUUCCAUGACGGUUCGGUUCCACCAGGCCUCGGAAAUCUUCCCUUCCUUGAAAUGUACAAUAUUGGUUUCAAUCGGAUCGUUAGCUAUGGUGACAAUGGUCUUAAUUUGAUUACUUCUUUGACAAACAGCAGUCGCUUAAGUUGGCUUGCAAUUGACGAAAAUCGGUUGGAAGGCCUAAUUCCAGAGUCCAUUGGCAACCUCUCCAAGGUUCUUUCGAAACUGUACAUGGGAGGGAAUCGAAUUUAUGGUAACAUACCUGCCUCAAUUAGUCAACUCAGUAGCUUAACUUUGCUAAAUGUGACCUACAAUUCAAUUUCUGGUGAAAUCCCAUCAGAAAUUGGGCAGCUGAAAGAGUUGCAAGUGCUUGGGUUAGCAAGAAACAAAUUAUCUGGCACAAUUCCUAACUCCUUAGGUAAUAUCAUGAAAUUGAAUCACGUUAAUUUAUCUGGAAAUUACUUUGUUGGCAAUAUACCCCUUGCAUUUUCAAACUUUCAGAAAUUGCUUUCCAUGGACUUAUCCGACAAUUUGCUCAACGGAAGCAUUUCCGGAGAAAUAUUUCUAAACCUUCCUAGUUUGAGCACAAUUUUGAAUUUGUCUAACAACCUUCUAAGUGGACCUUUGCCUGAAGAAAUUGGAGUACUAGCAAGUGUUGUCACUAUAGACCUCUCCAACAACGGCUUAUCGGGAUCAAUUCCCAGCUCAGUCGGAAAAUGUACAAGCUUGGAGAGAUUGUUCAUUGCAAGAAACAACCUCUCCGGUCCUCUUCCAAAUUCUCUAGCUGAAAUCAGAGGUCUUGAGAUUUUAGACCUCUCCUCGAACAAGCUUUCUGGUUUUAUUCCUGAUAAACUUCAAGAACUACAGGUCCUUAGCUUCUUGAACCUCUCAUUUAACAGCUUAGAGGGAGUAAUUCCUAAUGGUGGAGUGUUUGUUAGAAAUAUCUCAAGUGUAUAUCUAGAAGGAAACUGGAAACUUUGCCGAGAUUGGCCAUGUGUGAAGAGUGGUGGUCAGAGGAGAAAAGUACUGGUUUUAGUUCUUAUCAUAACAUCUGUUCUGGCAGCAUUGGUAGGCAUUGUGGUAAUUGCCUGGUUGCUUUAUGUUAGGAAAAGAAAAGGCUUAGGCUGCAAAACAACAAUUAGAGAAACUUCUCCUGAUUUAUUAAUAAAAGGGCAACAUCAAUUGGUCACAUACGAAGAGCUCCGCAGCGCAACUGGGAAUUUCAACCCGGAAAAUUUGGUUGGAAGUGGGAGCUUUGGGACUGUAUACAGAGGGUUUUUAAGACAAGGGACUGAAGUUGCAGUGAAGGUGCUUGAUAUAAAAAUGACAGGAUCUCGGAAGAGUUUUUUGGCAGAAUGUGAGGCGUUGAGGAACGUGAGGCACCGCAAUCUUGUUAAGUUGAUCACUUCGUGCUCGAGGGUGGAUUUUAAAAACAUGGAGUUUCUGGCCUUGGUUUAUGAGUAUUUGAGUAAUGGGAGCUUGGAAGAUUGGAUUAAGGGCAAGAAAAAGAAUGCAGAUGGAGAUGGAUUGAACAUUUUGGAGAGACUCAAGGUGGCCAUUGAUGUGGCGUGUGGAUUAGAUUAUCUGCACCACGAUUGCGAAGUUCCAGUUGUACAUUGUGAUUUAAAGCCGAGCAACAUUCUUUUGGAUGGAGACAUGACUGCAAAGAUUGGAGAUUUCGGGCUGGCGAAGCUGCUCAUGGAGAGAACAGAGAUUACUCAACAUUCUCUUAGCUCCACAAAUGUUCUGAAGGGUUCUAUAGGAUACAUACCACCAGAGUAUGGUUUUGGACAGAAACCAUCGACAGCGGGAGAUGCAUACAGUUUCGGAGUGAUGUUGCUGGAGAUCUUCACCGGAAAAAGUCCAACCGACGAAAGUUUCACAGGAGACGAAAACCUCAUCAGAUGGGUGCAAUCAGCCAUCCCUCACAACAUGAUCAAAGUGCUAGACCCUGAGCUGCUAGACCUCAUGCACUGCCUGCCUAAUGAAGGGCCGUAUCUCAUCCCAGCAGAAGAACAUAAUUGCCUGGUCUUAAUUUUCGAAGUUGGACUCUCUUGCACUUGCGUUUCGCCUGAAGGACGCAGUAGCUUGAGGGAGGCACUUUACAAACUAGAAACUGCAAGGCAAACCCUGUUCAAUGUUGAGAGUGUCAACAGUCAAGCAUUAACUUGAGCAACAAUUGCACAUUCAUGAAUAUGUUAACAGCGAAAAUCUUCCGAAAACACGAAUCUCGCACUCCCGGAGGCUCGGAUAUAUGAGGGUGGUUUUCAUAUUGCUGUAAAUGACACACCCAAACCAAUAGUUAAGGCUGCUAUGUAUAAAACAUUUUGUUUUCAGUAUCUGGAUUUGUAAGGACGAUGAUGAGAAGAAUAAUAUAUUGCUUUUUUAUGUUA